AUGCGCCGCCCUCCUUCUCCUUCUUCUCGAUGGCAGUCCGCGCGUGCUUGUCGACGGGUCGGCGGCGUGGUCGAGGGGAAGGUCGCCGGCGGCCGCAACUCUGCCGCCGUCGCUCCGCCGGCUCUGAUCGAGUACCGGGCGUUGAGGGCGGCGGCGCAAAGCGGGUCUGGCGCAUCCAUCGCCACGAGCCUCGCGGCCGCGGUCGUGGCACACCUGGUGGCGGCUCUCGAGGCGUCUCUAUACGGCGCUCGACGCCGUGUGAGUGCCCGCACAAGCAUCGUGCGCCAUCUCCGUGUCUCCGCCGCCGUCGCUCCGCCGGCUCUGAUCGAGUAUCGGGCGUUGAGGGCGGCGGCGCAAAGCGGGUCUGCUGUGGACGGGCACGUGGAACGUCAGUUCAUGUUCGAACGGCCUCCGGGAUUCAAACAAAAAUAG